AUGGACAUGCUCACAAGCAACAGCAUGGUUUCGACCGUGUUCGACAGCACAGAAGAAGACAUAUCGUUAGCUGGCGUUUCGUCCCUAAAUCAUAUCGGCAUCGUCCUCGUGUCGUCUCAUAUCAUCGUUGUCAUCGUGCUGUCGUCCCUUCUCCCACGAGGAUUCAACAUCGCCCGAAAGCUUCCCCAGACUGCUGCACCCCAUUUUGUUUACCAAGCCGCAAGAAGCAGGCACUGCUGCACUGGCAGGCAGGCCGCCAGCGUGCUCCGCACUUCUGGGAACAAAGUUUGCGCCAAAAGCGCAGGGCUGCGCAAGGUGCAGGUUGGCGCAUUGGAAUACUUUGGUCAGCGCAUUCCACUAGCAAACGGUUUGGCGCCGGGGGACGUUCGGAACGACGAAGUAAGUUCUCGCAAGCUUGCAAGUUGCAGGGAAGAUGACGGAGCAACUCACCUGACAGCUAUGGAGGCACGGAGGUAUCUGUAUAGCAAGGACGAGAGGGAUGGCAGGAUAUUAGAAGGUAUGGAGGGAGCGUUGGCGCGGGGGUUGCGCGUCGUUGUGUUGGGAAGGCCUUGUCCGAAUCAAAUUUGUGUCUGGAAAGCCUCAUCCUCAAGGACCGACCCGGAAAACAAGAGUGGCAAACCGCAACAGCUGUGUGCGAUAACGCCGGGCACGGGGCUGGCUGCGCAGGCCGGUGCAUCCGCAAAUGCAAAUGUGAAGGCGGAACUGGGGCGUUCCUAUUCGGUAUGCAUCCUGCUUUCCAUUUUACUCAAGACGGAAGGUGGAAUCGGUGGAAGGUUGAAAGGGCUCGCAAGGGGCGUUUACGUCAUUGAGUGUUUCGAAACAUAUCCCACGAUGCCCCUUCCACGCUCGGUUUCCCCCAUGUUUGGGGGCGUGAAGAUGCGGCAAGCACAGCCAGCCCUACCGAGUACCGAGAGCUCCGUACGCAUACACCUGCCUCGACAUCAGAUGUGGCAGCCGCCCGGAAGCCUCGCCUUCCUCUCCCGCCUCGCCUUACCUUACCUUAGAAAGCGAAACCCCACAUUUGCCUUUCUUAACGCCAACGUCUGUCUCCUACCAGGUCAAACCCAUCCCCUCACCCCUCAGCGCGAGUCGACCACAUCGGAUCAAGAUUACAUGGCUAUGUCCUGUCAACAAUACCCUGCCUUUCGAGUUCCAUCCACAACAAGUCUGAGCAAUGAUGGCAUCCGCACGCUCACCAUGUACUUCAUCGUCGAUGCUUUCCUCGUUCGCGGCUUUGACCAAGUAGCUCCAUGCUAUUCUGUUCUUGUCCUGACCGAUUCGCACCGUUACUCGCGUGCUGGCACAAGGCUUGCCGGCUCCAGCAAUCCCGCCAUUAGAAGAUGCAGCUACAUGGCUCGCGGCCCUGCCUCUUUGGCCUCUGCCAUGGCAUUUGGGCUUUGGCCUUUCCCUCUGCUCUUACGGCCAUGUCCUUCCAUGGCAUUAAACUGGAGCUACGGGAUCAACACGAACAUUCCGAUGCUGCCAGGGAGACUCGUCUGCAACAGGAUACGCGCGUCACCUGUCAUUCGCUCCACCAUCUUCAGAAGCCGAGAAGCUCACACAACAUACAACCGAGCUUCCGACGUUGACUACAACACUUCAGCGGCUCCAUCUCGCAUCCUGCGCAUCCUGGACACGCUGGCUCUCAGACAGAUGCCGCUUAGCAUCGUCAAAAUGGCUGCUCCAUUAUUUCCAAUGCAACCGCACACCCGCAAAAUGCGAGAACAGGAAAUUUCGACUUCGAGAAACCAUAAAUCCAAAUCAAUGCCUGUUCACAGGGUUAUCGAAUUGCAUGGCUUCGAGCAGCAACAUCAAGUCACCAACAGCACCUCAUUUCUCAAUAACAACAGCAGUAUCCGUACGGAUAUGCAAGGCCUCCCUCCUCCCCCCACAGCUAGGGCUUCGCUGCCGUCCCGGACCCUAGAUAAUCGAGCCUUGGGGAACAAGAGAAAACGACCAAGCGGCCAACGGCCAGCGCGCAUCCUGAGCCCAGAGACAAGAAACAACACGAUGGUACUCUGCGCUUCAGGCACCCCAGGCACAGGAACCUUGACAAAGACAACAGAAAACGGUCAUGAUCGACAUUCCCCGCUCGUCUCCAUACAGUUCAAUGCCAAGGGAGCUGUCUGGAGUCUCUCUGGAUUGCUUGAUUGCUUUGGAGAGACAAGAAGACCCGCCUUUGGGGAAUCCAUGUCGAUUCUGAGACAUUCCCUGGUCAAUUCAAUCAGCAAGGGACGGCAGCCAAUGCGCACCCCUUUACAUAGACGCACUCCUUUCAUAACAACUAUCGCCAAGGGUGCUUUUGAUGAGCAACCCUAUUCAACCCCGUCCUCGACAUUGCAUUUCUUCCCUCUCGAACUUCAAUCCACCACCAACGUUGCACCCGAGGCGCUGUGGGUCGUGCCCUCACUAUUGACCAUCACCGACUUUGGCAGCCCGGCCGCCCGCAGCCCGCUCAUCCGCUUGGACGGUAAUAUGACAGAUUGCCUACAGAUUCCGGCCGACAGAGAAUGUUUCCUUCAAUGCGACCCUGUCGUUGUUUUGGGAGAGAAGAUCAGUCAGGUGCCGUUCCGCCGCCGGACUCUGGGCGGUGAUCGGCGCCGUCAUCAUCUCGGGUAUCUGGAUCAGGUGGCACUCCACGCUCAACUGCACCUCAUUGACGGCUCCAUGAAUUCUCCUGUGCGUUCGGCCCUACUCAAUGCCGUUGACUGCCAGAAGCUUUGGGGGCCAGGCUUAAUCAUCCCGUGGCUCACCGAGCCGUCGCGCCGUUUUCCAAUAGACUCAUUGCUCGGUCAAGGGACGAGCGCGGCUUUCUCGUGUACGGAGUACGGAUGGAUAGCCGGCUGUCGUCGCCACCUACCAUCGGGUUCUGCAUGUGGAGAGGACGCGUUCGCUCCCCUUGAGCUGAUGGAGCCGGGUCUCGUCGGGUUGCCUGCCAUGGAAGCUUUUCCCAACCAGCAUGUCCCACUCUCAACGACAAGAAAUCAUCAUGUCGAGAUCCCACUCCAUCGACGAAGCCAUUUCAAAAACUGCUGGAUCAGCGCUGAGGUGCUUGUCAGUCUCCGCUACGUUGGCUGGUUGGCACGUUCUCAGACUUCGAAGUCUGUUCACUCACCUGGGUCCCCGGGCUCAUCGGCGACCUUAACGUUGCUGCUAUCAACACUUUGGGCAUGGACCUCCCAUGUCUAG